AUGGACUGUCCUGGCGGCACCUGUGCCCUGCCCGAUCUCACCCGGGAGCAGAAGCGUAAAGAGUACGAAACUGACCCAACCAACGCGCAAGAGAUAUGGGAAAACCUCCGCAAUACCAUCGGCGGGAUCGGAAGAGGGUAUUUCAACGACGACUUCACCACGGCCGAGAUAGAGGAGCAGCUGCACGAUCUCUGGGACGAGCUCAUCCACGCAGCGAAGAUCAUGCCAGCCACCAGUUCUGAACUCGACCGGCUUGUCACUCUAGUUGCGGAAACCCGUGCAUUGGGGAUCUUCGCCCAAAAUAAAGCAGACAGAGAUGCAGCACUCGUAUCCGGCCCCGCAGCCCCAGAGCGGGAUGAAGUGACACUGCCUAAUGGACAGCAACUGUGGAUCGAUCUCCCUUACCUGGCUCAGGAGGUGACGGACUCAUGGACUGCAGAUUCAAUGGGCUUUACACCAGCUGAGCGUGAGAGCGUUGCCGUGUGGACAGCAAAGCUAUGUGCUACGGGUAUCUGCUCGGAGGAUCUCAGCCGCUGUGCGCUGUGGUUAUUCAAGCAGACCCUCGAAACCGACAGACCCCUCACGGAGGAGGAGCAAGGUAACAAGGCUCGUCCUACCAUCCAUGACCUUUUACCCGCGUGCCUUGCCUGGCUGAAGCACAGCAACACCAAGCUGGUCAAGCUCUCACAGGAGAAUUACACCGCAACAUCCUCGUCUGGAGGCAAUACCAACGAUAGCAUAAUUACGCCCGGUGACCUUGCUGUAAAGGCGGGUGUAACGCAGCCUGGCUUCACUAUUGGGCGCUGGCUCUUCUGGAGACAGCGAUUCAAGGAUCUAUAUCGAUCCGCGGUUCCGCCUGUCGUCAAGCUGGCUCGAUCUUGCUUCGACGCUGCCAUUUUCUCGGGCAUGGACGUUGGGCUAACUGUUCCAGGGGAGAGGGCCUACCUGAAUAGACUGUUUGAGGCACUUGACAAGGAGGUGGAGGCCAGAGAGUUCAAGGAAUGCAUCGACGCAAAUGACAUUGACAUCGACAUGGACUGGGACAGGGAGUAG